UCUCAUGGAUAAGAGGUGAAACGUCUUCAAGAAACCAGCUGCCCUUGAUGAAAUGAGAUCACCUGCAUGACUGAGAACUUACACAGACAUCAAGGCGUAUUAUUUUUCAAUGUGUUACAUCAACGGAGAGAGUGCAGAGUUGAUAAAGAAACACAAUUAUACGACGACAUUCCAGUACUACCAAAAAGUGAAUUUAAGUGAAAUUUAUUUGACAUUUUCAUGGAUUAAUUAUUGAAAUGAAUAAUUUAUUUAAACAGUCAAAAUGCGAACGAUCUGUGCUCGAUUGUUGAGCCCCUCCGUACUGGAUCGACUUCGCAGACAUCGAUUGCUUUGUCUUGAACAGAGUGAAAGGGCCUUUGACGCUAAUGGAAUAAAAUUUUGAGCUUUUCCCCCACGUUUUCUUACUCGCUUUCAGUGUUCUAGCUCUUUGGUUUUAUUUUAAAACAUGGCAGACGACGAAUUAGAGGCGAUAAGGCGGCAGAGGAUGGCGGAACUGCAGGCAAAGCAAGGAGAUACUUCAAAGAAUCAGCAAGAAGAGGGCAGACAGAGAGAAUCAGAAAUGAGGAACUCUAUACUGGCCCAGGUUCUUGACCAGUCUGCCCGUGCCAGACUAAGUAAUCUUGCUUUGGUGAAGCCAGAAAAGGCCAAGGCGGUUGAAAACUAUCUCAUUCAAAUGGCUCACAUGGGGAGUUUAGGAGGAAAGAUUUCAGAGACGGGCUUAAUUGAAAUCCUUGAAAAAGUGAGCCAGCAAACAGAGAAAAAGACGACGGUUAAAUUUAACAGACGGAAGGUCAUGGACUCAGACGAAGAAGACGACGACUAAAAUCGAAUUGGAAUUACCGGAAGAAAAAAAAAUCGGGAUAUGCUGCACUUGGACUUUCCUAGAAUCUCUGCCAGUUUAUUCCUAAGAGCUGAUUGUUGGGAUGCUGGACAGAUAUUACUUGUUUCUGGAAUUGAUAUGUCAUGUCAAAUGUAAAAAAAAAAGAAAAGGACAUUAAGUUGACAUCCUGGUGAUGGAGGUGGAAUACAACCAGUGUCAAAUGAUAUUGAGGAUCUUCUGGUUACAUAAAAAUGUGCUUCUGUUGUUAUAUCCCUGAAAACCGCAGCAACAAAUGGCUCCACCAGUUCUUUAAAAUAACAACUUUUCUAUUCCACUCAUACCACACUUGUAUGAGUGGAAUAGAAAAGUUGUUAUUUUUCUAAACUGCUUCCACCUUGGAUGGUGCAAAUGUAAAGGUUAAUACUGUCAUUUCCAUUUGCUGACAUCUGUCUCAAAAGUUUACACAAUAAAAAUAAUAAAAGAAGCCUUAA